AUGGGAAAUCUCGGCAACAUCUUUGCACAGCCGCCAAGAUCGAUAUCUGCAUUGUUCGCAAAUGUCAUCAGGGAUUUAUCCGAACGAUACGAGGACAGCCAACAAACUUCAAUUGUACUCAACAGCACUUGCCCAACAUCAGAGCUGCCAGAGCCACCCAAGAUAUUGCUUCUGCGGAGGGUCACCACGGGAUCUCCAGAAGAUGACCAAGCCUUGAAUACCGGAGUGAACACAGUGACGCCAAUUUUUCACAGAACGAAACUAUUGAUGAAGACAUCGCGAUAUUCUCCUGCACGAUACAUGUCUCCCCCGCGAUACGUGUCUCCUCCACGAUACAUGUCUCCCCCGCGAUACGUGUCUUCCAUGUUUAAAAGGACCUUGCCUCAGAGCCCGAACCCCAAUCAUAUGCUGCUGCUAUGA